AUGAAGUCAGCUUUAAUCGGAAUCUCUGCUCUGCUGAUUCUUCUCCCCAUCCCCGGAUUAUCCCAAUAUCUCGACGGGGAGUGUGGAAUUCUCCCGAAUGGCCAGAUUGCGAAAAAUAUCUCGAGUCCAUGGAUUGCUUAUCUGCACACAUCCGAAUUGACAUUCGUAUGCGGAGGAACGCUGAUAACUCAAAGAACGGCAAUACUUAAAACUCAUUAAGCUCAGUUAAUAAUUACUUUUAUUACAGAAUUAGUACUGACGGCAGCGCAUUGCACAAAAGCCAACGAACAACUAGUAGCUCGUCUGGGAGAGUUUAUAGAAGCUGAUAAUGAAAAUGACACGGUUCAUUCGGAACAUCGAGUAAAUCAAACCUUCGUCCACCCCUUCUAUAAUGUAAAAACAGAUGCCAAUGAUAUAGCCAUUCUGGGAUUGGAAACGGAUGUUAUGUACUCAGAACACAUCAGACCCAUUUGCAUUGCGUGGUGGACCAUUUGGAGAGGGUAUAUCGACAAAAUUCAUGUGCUAACCGGUGCUAGAUGGGGAUUACCUAUGAGGAAAAACGAAAGUGAUGCUUUUGGAACUGUGGACAUUAGGCGGCAACCUGCAGAAAUGUGUUUCACCGCCAAUGGCACUCACAUUUCGAGCAAUCAGUUCUGCGCCGGAGACUCGGAAUCAAAACUCUGCAACGUGGACUUCAGCAGUCCCCUGGUAGCCAGCAUAUCCUACAGAAACAUCAGUCGUUUUGUCCUCAUCGGCAUAGCCACCACAAAUCAGAGAUGCAAUAUGCCCAGUAUUUACACGGAUGUCCUGAGCCACAUCGAUUUUAUCCUUCGAGUGUGGCGGCAGUAUGGCAAAAAUGAAACCCCUUCCAACUCACAGGUUCCAAAGGUCGUAACUGAAGAACCAUUUACCACUUGGGUUCAAAUUUGA